ACACCCUGGGCUCGUCAUUUUUCAUUCUCCAUCGAUCAUUGUACUGAUUUAUACCAUACCUUCUCAUGACGAGCUGAUCAUGGUUCAUACAUCGUUAACAACCGAAGACCAUGGAAGCCACCACUCUCCGUCACUCACUUCCCCUCUCCUUCACUUGUCAUUCACACCUAACCUCCAAAUUGCUGCCACAAAAACCUUUCCUUUCUUCCAAUUGCCCUUCUUUCUUCCUCCCAGGUCCUCCGAUUUCCAUCACCGGCGCCACCAACCACCACCACAGCUGUCAUCAAAAUCACCAUCACGGAGGCCAUAAUUCGCAACAGACUGGACCCCAAAGAGCCCUGUUAAAAUUUGCAAAAACAAUAGGAUGGAUGGACUUGGCGACUUUUUUUUAGAGAAAACUUGCAGCUCUGCCGUUGUUCCGCCUCUCUCUCUUUAUCACUGCCGCUGCCUGCUCUUAUAUGAUCUGCAGUCAAGCCCCUCAAAAUGCGUUCAUGCUCGUCGCCUUCUCUCUUGUUGGGUAACAAUUUCCAUCCCAAAAGUCGCUGAAGAGUUCUUUACCAAUCGAUCAGUGAUUGAUGAUAUUAAAGUGUUGAAGGAAAUUAUCCGGAUUCUGUUGAUGUAUUGGAUGUAAAUGAUGAUAAGCUGCCGGAUGUUUCUCAUUUGUCGUAUAUAAAAGUUUACCUGUGCAUGAUAUAGAAGUGGGAUCCUACAUUUUGGUCGGAGUUGGCCUGGUGUGUCAUUUUGAAGUUAUUUAACUUUCUCUUUGCUCAAUAUUUUAAUUUAGUUUUGAUAUUGGUAAUGUCAUGAAAUCUCGGCUGAAAGCACAGCAUAUUAUGGCCUGUUAUUGGAUGUCAACAUGUGAUUUAAAGCUUUUAAAGGCUUCAUGGCAUUUCAAGAUUGCAUAUACCGUUUAAUUCAAGUGUUCAUGAGUUUAGGCUGUAUUAGGACGAGUCUCUAUGUUAUUUAUAAUAUCAAUGUCAACAAACAUCAGAAAGUUUCCUCCUUACCUGAAUGUUCUGUUUCUAAAUUCAUUGUCUAGGUAGGCCAGAGCUUUCUUUGCUUAAGCCUUUGUAGUCAUCCAAAAAAAAACAAGUUUAAUGUUCAGGGGCAGUUAGUGGCUAUAACCACAUUUUAAUGGUUAGCUAGCUAACUAUCCAGUGGAAGAUUUAGCAUUAUGAGUUGUAACAAGCUAAUACUCUGGCUAAUAUGACAUUCCAUUUUAGUUAUGAGAUGGCUAUAUUCAUUUUGUUUAUCUUGAUUUAUCAAGUAAUUCUUGUUAUGGAAGUUUUAUCAAGUAAGUGAAUGCUUCAAAGGUGUCUGGAUGAAUUUGGUGAGCAUUACAGCAAAUUGGUUGUAGGUUUGGCAGUUGCCAUCGCUCUACUUGAACCAUUUCUUUUCGAGUGGCCAUUCAUGAUCACACCAGUUUGCAGGGUAUCGUCUACAGAGCACAAGACCUGAUGGUGGCAGCAUCAACUUGUACCUUGGCUGUAGCUCCAUUGGCAUAUGCCACUGCUGUUAAUUCCUGUGCAAGAAAGGAGGGGGUCUGGUCAUGGUCACGGUCGGAAGGUAUUAAUUAUGCACCAGCUCUCGCUGCUGCAACUGUAGGGAUUGUGCUUGCUCAAAGGGCCACUGCAACUGCCAUAGCUGUUGCAUGUGCCCUUACUGCUAAGGGAUGCCAUACCUGGUGUUCCAUCCUGUAUUAUAUUAAGUCUCCCCAAAGAACUUCCCUGUUCGAGCAAAAUGCAGCCCUUGCAUUAACAUCUAUAUUUCUGGCCUUCCUUCCAUCCAUUUUGAAUUUCCUUCCUCUCUGGUCAACGGUUCUCCACUUAAGCUCUUCUCACGGGCCUCGAUUGUAUACGUGCUCUGAUUGAUGCUCUGAGCGAUCCCGAAUGGUCCUGGAGGGAAGAUUUGCAGCAAGUUGUGAAAUCCAGAGUGAUGUUAAUGAUGACAGAUGACACAAGCUCAAGCACCAUGGAGGCAGCACCUUUGUGACUCACACGGGGUUUUUCGAGCUUCCUCUUUCUCUCUUUUUUUGUGUUUUUACGUAUUUAUUUUUGGUGGGUGAGAGUUGCUAUCACAGAUGGACCAUUCUUGCACCUUUGUGACUCACACGGGGGUUUCUCGAGCUUCCUCUUUUUUUUUUCUUUUUU